UGAUGAAGUAGGAAAUUUAUUCAUCAAACCUUUUGACAAAUACAUCACGGAUAUUGUGACUUUAAGAAUUCUUUAUACAAUUAUCAUCAUCCUCCAAAGCAUAUCAUUAUUCACAUGGUUUCUGUUGAACUUCCUGUAUGGUGGAUGUGUAACCAUAAUGAGGGAUGAAUUCUCACAAUUUAACAAGGAUUUUAAACUGUAUGUUAAAAAGGUAUCUGGAAUUCCUGAUGAGCGAUUUGAACAAUUUCGAUACCGCCAUCAACAACUUUGUGAACUAACCGAUAGUGUUGAUGAUAUUUUUGCGCCAUAUGUGACCUUGACCUUUGCAAUAUCAAUCCCUGCAAUUUGCUUGACAAUCUAUAUUAUAUUUACUGGGUCUCCGGAUACAGUGACAUAUUUAACCAUUAUAUUUAUGGCAGUAUUCCACUUAGCACAGAUAUGCUACAUAAUUACCUACGGGGCACUCCUUAACCAUCAUGCCCAUUGUUGUGUGGCUGAUGUGUACAAGAUGAGACUGGGUGGAAUCAAACAGGACUUUGUCCAAUUAGUACAAAUCUUCACGCAAAGACUGACAGGGAGUCCUAUAGGAAUCACAUGUUGUUCACUUUUUGCACUGGACAAGCCUACAAUUCUUACAUUACUUGGAACAGUGGUCACCUA